AUGGAGAGUUGGAAAAACACGAAAGCGUCAAAAUGGAGGACAGGGCACAAAAUUUACAAUUGGAAAUCAACAAUUUGCGGAAACAACUAGCUGAAAAAACAGUUGAGCUGGAGAAAUUGACGGGAUUGGGAAAUGGAGUCGUUGAACCUAAACUCACCUUUGGUAGAUUAUCAGGAGAUGAAGUACUGCCAAAACUGGAUGUCAAGAAGCUUGAUAACAGAAGUAUUGCAAGGCACAGUCGACAGUUGAUACUGCCUGAAUUAGGGGUUAGAGGUCAGCUGAAACUUGCCAGUACAUCUGUCCUGAUAGUGGGAGCAGGCGGCCUUGGAUGUCCAUGUGCACUUUAUCUGGCUGCGGGAGGAAUUGGUCGCAUAGGAUUUGUCGAUUACGAUGAGGUUGAGUUGGGAAAUCUUCAUCGCCAGGUAUUACAUACAGAAGAGAGGAUUGGUAUUUCCAAGUCAACCUCAGCUGCCACAGCUUGCAAUCAGUUAAAUUCAGAUAUCAAAUAUAUGCCCUAUCAUCUACAGUUGGACAGCACUAAUGCCAUUGGAUUAAUUAGCCAAUAUGAUAUCAUAGUGGAUGCAACUGAUAAUGUAGCCACAAGAUACUUGUUGAAUGAUGCUUGCGUGCUGGCGAAGAAACCUCUUGUGUCUGGCAGUGCUUUACGGCUUGAAGGACAACUGACUGUUUACAAUUACCUUAAUGGUCCGUGCUAUAGAUGUUUAUACCCAAAACCUCCCCCUCCAAAGAUGGUGACAAAUUGCUCAGAUGGAGGUGUUCUUGGUGUAGUGCCUGGCAUUAUUGGGUGCAUCCAAGCCAUGGAGGUGAUGAAAAUAGCUGCUGGCUUUGGGACUACCUAUUCCCAACGUCUUUUGCUCUUCGAUGCCAUAGAUUGUGUUUUUAGGACUAUAAAGCUCCGGCCAAGACAGAAGAACUGUGUUGUUUGUGGAGAGACGCCCUCUAUUACUCGACUCAUUGAUUAUGAACAGUUCUGUGGAGCAAGAGCUUCGGAUAAGGAAAGAAGUUUAAGUUUGCUGUCUCCCGAUGAAAGAAUAAGUGUAGAGGAUUACAAGAGAAUCAAAGACACAGGAGUAAACCAUGUUCUGGUUGAUGUCCGACUACCUGUGGAACUAGACAUUUGCAAGUUAGAGGAGAAUAUUAAUAUUCCAAUUACAAAUAUUCAUGACAAAGAGACUGUGCUUUCUUCUUGUGAGACAAAAAUAUCAGAAUAUGAACCUUCUCAUGAGAAUCCACUUCCAGUGUAUGUUGUGUGUAGACGAGGGAAUGAUUCUCAGUCAGCUGUCAAGGCCCUCCAGGAGCAUUUAAAGGAUUUACCCGUGGUUAUAAAGGAUAUUAGGGGAGGAUUGACAGCCUGGGCAAGGAAAAUUGACAAUGACUUUCCGCAGUAUUGAAUUACCUGUGCCGACAGAGGUUUGAAUGUGCUUGGAUAAGGACAGUGCUGUAUUGGACCUGGUUUAGAAUUGUGACAUUAAAGUGUGAUGUCAGAGGUGGUAUUUUCUUGGUGCUAGCUUUCAAUGGAUAAUCAAUAUAGUUCUUGAGUCACGCUUACUAUUGAAGGAAACACUACCGUACUUACGUAUUGAUGCUGCCACUUGUUCAAUUCUGUGUUCAUGAUAUUGAGUAUAUAGACACAGUCUUCCUUAGCUAUAAAUCAUACUGUCAAUAUAAUUCGUCUGGUCAGGGACACAAAACUAUCAGUCUUUGGUGUUUCAAUAUUAGUGUUUAAGUAUGCUGGUAAAUUGCAUUGGGUGUUGAUGGACCAUUCAAUAUACAUGCAUGUAUAUAUCUAUGCAUAAAAUGUAUUAAAUCAGG